UCUUAUCUGACACACAGGAUGACAAAAGGACAUGCAAUCCACAGAAGAGAACGAUGACAAAACUGUGUCUCGUAAUCUCUCUUUUAUUUAGAGCAGUGUUGUCCAUCGGUAUCAUUACUCAGUCUGAUCUUUUGAAGACCUUCAUCCCUGGAGACACUGUUGAUUUGAAAUGCUUCAUCUCUGGGACAGGCGGAGACUACUACAACUGGUUCAAACUAACAGUAGGACAAGCUCCAGUGAUGAUAGUAUCUCUUUACCUUGACUCAAAAGAUCCAACGCUCUAUGGGGAGUUUGACAACAACCCUCGGUUUUCUGCAGAGAAGAACGGAGACAGUUUUGUGCUGAACAUUUCAAAUGCCAAGCCAUCGGAUGUGGGGAUGUAUUACUGUGCUGCACGUGAUUAUGAUGGCAUGAUCUUUGGAAAUGGAAUAUUUCUGAUGCAUAAAGGUGCAGGGUCCAGGAACCAGCAUCUUACUCAGCAGUCUGUGUCUGAGUCAGUCCAGCCAGGAGACUCUGUGACUCUGAACUGUACAAUACACACUGAGACCUGUGCAGGAGAACACAGCGUCUAUUGGUUUAGACAUGGCUCAGGAGAAUCCCAUCCAGGAAUCAUUUACACCCAUGGAGACAGGAGUGAUCAGUGUGAGAAGAGCCCUGAGGCUGGAUCUCCUACACAGAGCUGUGUCUACAACCUCCCCAAGAGGAACCUCAGCCUCUCUGAUGCUGGGACUUACUACUGUGCUGUGGCCUUAUGUGGGGAGAUACUGUUCGGAAAUGGGACCAAGCUGGAGAUUAGUAACAAUUACGGAGACCCUCUUCUCUUGGUCUACUGCCUGAGCUCAGCAUUGGGUCUCUCGUUUAUCCUGAUACUUUUCCUUGGUUACAUCAUGUACAAGAUGAACAAGAGAAAGUGUCUGCAGUGCAGAGGUCCCGCCUCUCAGACAAGAAGUCCAGCAGUCUCUAAUUCAGAUACAGGGGCCCAAGAUGCAGACAGUCUUCAUUAUGUAGCUCUGAAUCUGAGCAACAAGAAGAACAGGUCUAGAAGACAGAGAAGCAACAUGGAGGAAGAGACGGUGGUCAUGUACUCUGGGAUCAGACAGUAGAACUGGAUGAAUUAAACAGUUGUCCUUUUAGACCAGAUAGCUCUUUAACUUGCCCUAACAUUAUUAGCUUUAUAUGAAUGCUUCAGUAGAAUGUGUUGUAAUCAGUGGUCAUAGUUUUUCAAGUGUAAUAUGAAGUGCAAAUAGAAAAAUAAAGCAUUUCCAUCUGUUAAACCAAAUUAAUUUGAAUAAGUUGAACUCAAUGCAUUUUGUUCACACACCUCUGGUGUAGGAUGGAGGAUAGUGGAGGAUGUCACAGUGACUUUCCACUAUUGGAAACUAACCUUUCAUAGACCUUUAACACAGGAAGACUGACCUGCAGCAACACACUGCACUCUACUUUCCCUCUCAGGGCCAGAGUACUGUUCCUUUCUAAACACAGUGCUUACAAUGUAAAGGUCAAUGUUUUCUCAUUUAUGUGAAGUCAGGUGGUCCCAUCCAUCAUGUUACAUUACAGUAAAUAACAGCCCCUUUCAACAUAAUCACUCAUAGUGAAAGUGGACCACAACCCCCACCACAAAAGGAGGACAGGUCAGUUAGUGUAGGAGGUUUUCUUCCUUGUUUUCACUUUAAGACAUACGCCUAAUGGUUGCACGCCACACACCCCCUCACAAACACAGCAACAUAUUUACAUGUACUCUGCGGUCUGCUAUGAACAAAACAUUAAGCUGUAGCUAUCUACACUUUGGUACGGCCUGUUGGCCUUUUGCACAGAAACCUCUGUCUUUCUCUCCCUCUGUCUCUGUCUCUUUCUGUCUCUCUUUAUGUGGUUUCAGCAGGAUCUCAGUGGUGUCAGUCAGUUAGAUGUAUGACAUACUCUUUCACUCUUCAUGUUGCCCUUUUUAUCAACAAUAGAACACUAUUUUUAUGAGGCAUCUAGUUAACUAUACAUAGUAGACUGAAAUCUGUGUAAAAACACAAUUAACUAUUUACUAGUUAAUUGACCUAGACAUCAGACGUCUGUAGUAAAACACAUGCCAUGGUUUGAAGUGUGAUGUAAAGUAUCAUCAUCAUCUGGACCAAGAAGAAAGAGCGUCCUUCUAAUUAUACGAUGGGAGGGAUUUUAUCUGUCAAUACAUUCAGAAUAAAUAGUGUAUGAGAUAUUGUUGGUUAAGUACAGACUAUUGACACGUUUUCUGUUUCUCUGUGUUAUAAAGUGACUGUGUGGAAGUCAUAGAGGCCCUAGAGGAGGACAGUGUCAUAACAUGUGGCCAACCAGGUCUCAACCACUGUAUGACUCCCAUGGACCACAAUGGCAAG